UUUAUUGAGGAAAAUUAUAGCUGUGGCCAACUGAUACAACACAUAGUACAGUGUCGAAUACACUGAUAUAAACAUGAACUAGUUAUUUCAGUGAGAAGUAGCUCCGUGUUGGCGUUUGGUCCGACAAACCAGCGAAAUUCGUCCAUUGGUCUGUACUGUCUGCUCUCGCCGUGAUGGCCUCUACACGUGGUUUUCUAUGCCUCUAUGUUGUGUGUAUAUGUAGCGGUAUUGAAGCUAGGAGCACAAGCCAGUUGCCAACAGAGAGCACGCAAGUCCCAACUUCACAGGAACCUUUGGUUGGAUCAUCUGUGUCAAAUGGAUCGCCUGUAAUGACCGAGUCACCUGUGGCAAAUGGAUCAUCUGUAAUGCCGGAAUCACCUGUGGCAAAUGGAUCAUCUGUUAUGACAGCGUCCCCUUUGGCAAAUGGAUCAUCUGUUAUGACCGAGUCACCUGUGGCAAAUGGAUCAUCUGUAAUGACCGAGUCACCUGUGGCAAAUGGAUCAUCUGUAAUGACCGAGUCACCUGUGGCAAAUGGAUCAUCUGUUAUGACCGAGUCACCUGUGACAAACGGAUCAUCUGUUAUGACCGAGUCACCUGUGGCAAACGGAUCAUCUGUUAUGACCGAGUCACCUGUGGCAAACGGAUCAUCUGUUAUGACCGAGUCACCUGUGGCAAACGGAUCAUCUGUUAUGACAGAUUCAUCUGUGUCAACAGGAUCGUCAGUGACAACAGAAUCAUUUCUCACUUCAAACGACACGAUGUCAUCUGAUCACACAGGAUCAUAUACCAUGUCCUCCUAUUCAAGUAGCCCAAUGUCCAGUGAUAGAUCACCACAACCAGCAUCAUCAUCACCAAACCCGACAACUCAAGCACAACAGACAACCACAGCCACAUCUACAACAAGUCCAAUGCCAGUACCCCAUUCUAGUCCCACAACUGCAGGAGUGACCCCGGGUCCCGCUGACACAAGCUAUUUCAACAUUGUUGUCUCUGUCGCGAUCAUCGGCGGUGUGCUGGCAUUCUUAACCAUAGCCACAAUCUGUAUAUACGUCUGUUUCUUGCAGCCAAGGAAGAAACAGUCUGCAUCUCUUGAAGAAAAGGCCACAACGAAGAAGAAGAAAAAGAGGAAAAAGACUAGCCUUCGGGAGGCCGAUGUUAGUGAGCUUAUUGUUGCUAUCGAUAAACAGUCGAAGCCACUGGAAAUGGAUAGCUUUGACAAUAACAGCUCUGACGGAGACACGGAAACGGUACAGGUUCACAAAGAAAAUACCGAGAUGCAAAAUGGCGUGGAGCACCGCAGGGACCCUGAAGCUGGAGGCGGUACUCAGCCCAGCAAGAAGAUGGAUUCCGGUGACACAAAUAACGUGAGGAUUUCUAUACAUCGUGAACUCUUGGAGAUGACCAAACGGAGAAGCAUCAAACAGGAGUCCGGGGAGACAAACAGACAGAUGAGUACCUUUGGCAAGGCAGGGGGCCUUGACAGAUCAGCAUCGACCGUCUCGAGCAUAUCCCUACAAGGAAUUACGGGCGUCGGAGGACAAGGAAUUACGGAUAACCCAUGGGACAAGGCUGGAGGAGGUCAACAAGACGUUGGAGGAAAUACUACUAAGGAACUCGUUCGACAAGAUGCCAUUUCUUCUGAUCUUAGUGCUGAAAAUGCUGUUCCAGAGCCUCGUCAUUCUGAGGCAGAAUUGAAGGCAGACAGUCAACAAGAAGUGGGUGGUACUAAGCAACUGGUGCGACAAAACUCGGUCACUGAAGACAGUGUGUCAGAAGGUAGUCGUUCUGAAUCUGAAACGAAAGCUGACACGCAGCAGGAAGACGGUGACACGAAUGACCAAAAGUCAAUUUCGUCCACCGACGAUAAUAAGCCAGAGGAUGGUCAUUCUGAAUCUGAACUGCAUUCAGACAGUCAAGACGAUGAAGGUCAAACGAAGCAACUGGCAAGCCAAACUGCCAAUGACUUUGUUCCUGAUACUGAAGACAGUGUCGCAGAGUCGGACCCUGAAAUGCAAGCAGUCAACAAUGCAGGAAGCGGACAUGUUCAAGAACCUGAUAACAGUGGAACUAAAAAUCACGGGCUUGGUCAACCUAAAUAUUCCGAGGAGAGUUACAGCCAAGCCUAUGAGUGUGAAGUUUACGAAGAGGAUGAUCUUGAAAGUGUUGAUGAGGGUGGGCAGUUAGCUGAUGGUGAUAUGCAGAUGGAUCCUGAUGAUGGUAGAGGACAAAGACACAUUGAUAUUGAUGCAAUGAUACGGGAACGUGUUGGCGAUGGUUUGAGCAAUAUCAUUAUGUCAACACGACUCUAGGUUAAAGGAAGGAUUGGUUGUUUGAUUUGUUGUUAGACUCAACUGCUUUACUUGUGAUGUGCCACCAUCGAGAUAUUAUAAACCCAACGACGUCCAAACAAUGACCAGACGAUACAUUUAAGGAUUUGUUGUCAACGACACCA